GAGAGAGAGAGAGAGAGAGAAAGAGAGAGCUUGCUGGUUUGCAGCCAUGGCGUCACUGUGUCUGCCGCUCGGCCUCUCUGUAUAACCCAUUUUGAAAUUUCCGUGGUAAUGGCGACUCGUGGGAUGAAAUGGCCUCCUGAGACAAUCAACGUCCAGAAAUUCGCUGAGUCCCGAGCUUCAGAGCUCGAGUCUCUCCACAGCAUCGUAGCGAACCGAUUGGGCAACGAUUUCCGGUCGCGGAGAAGUAAGAGGAGGCGAACGACGUCGUUUGCAUAUAAAGCCGCUAAAAAAAGAUGUAUACGUCGUGUUAGCCUAGACCGGAGCGAUAAUGCUAACAAAAGCAGUAGUAACAAAGAUGACGGCGGCGAAAACGCUCGCAUUCCUCGCCGCAUUCGUAGGAGAGCUCAACUUAGAAUAAACCCCGAAAAGGGUUUUUCUACUUCUGGGGAUGGGACAAAAUGGCUCAGAACGCAUGUUUGGCAUGCAAAGCGCUUCACCAUGACAAAACUCUGGGGUUUUCACCUUCCUCUGGGUCUUCAUGGCAGGGGAAGGGGUUCUAGAGCUCUGUUGAAGUGGUUCAGACAUAACGUGCUCAUUCAUGAUGCAAGCUAUCAUGUUGCUGUCCAAUUGGAGGGUCCCGAGGAUUCAUUGUUGUCAAUUUUAAGAAUGGUACUGGUUCCUUCUCCUUUGGUUCAUAUUGAUGAUAUUUCCCACUCGGUCAAGUCUGGUGUCAUCUAUAAUAAUGCAAUGCUUCAUCAUGUUGGUGCACCUGUUUCUAAGCCAGUUGCCCCUGUGAUCUAUAUGUGGCGACCUUGUCAGAAUACAGAUACUGAGGUUGCCCAUGAUAGUGAAGGAUGUAACAAACCAGAGAUUACAGAGUGCUAUUCUUCUUUUCGGCAGCUUUGGGUGUGGAUACAUGCUUCUGCUUUUAGGGAAGGAUAUGGUGUUCUUAAAUUUGCUUGCCAGAAAGAGAUGGAUGAGAGAGGCAUCUUGAUUAAUUGUAUUUCACUUGAAGGUGAACUUGCAAGAUUAGAAGUUAUGGGAUUAAAGGCAUUUCAGCUUCUUCAAAAGACAUUGAAUCCUGUUACUCAGAUUUCAGAGAAUUCAAGGCAUUCAGUUUCUAAAGCUGAUGAUAAUACAAAAGUGAAAAGGUUUUCUGUACUUGAAAAUGAGGAGCAUGUAUCUUCUAAUGCAGUGUUAUCUCUUACUGUCAUGGACCCUCGCACAUUGAGGAAUGGAAAAAAGACUGCAGAUGCUCUAGAGUCAGAAUCUACUGGUGUGGAAGCUGUUAUUCCGAGAGAUGGAAUUGACGAGCAAUGUGCAUCAGAAGAAAUUUCACACAAAGAUAACAAGUCACUUUCAUUGUUGUGCUCAGAACCUGGAGGUGAUAGGGUGCUCUCUGGCAGGGAUUUGUGGGAUGCUAGGAGUGGUAUAAGUCCUCCGGUGGAAGAGAGCAUUCUUUGUAAGGAAAAACAUGAUCUACAAAAGAAUUUCUUCUGCCUUGGUGAUCCAACUUCAGGGACACUAAAUGCUUCAACCGACGUUCAGUGCUCAAGAUAUUGUCCUAUUCUGCUUUUGAAAAAUAAGAACCAGAAGGGCUUGGAUAUUGGGUGGUCUAUUAUACUACCCUUAAGUUGGGUCAGGGCCUUUUGGAUUCCUCUUGUCUCUAAUGGGGCUCAUGCAAUAGGUUUGAGAGAGAAGCAUUGGAUAGCAUGUGACGUGGGUUUGCCAUAUUUUCCUUCAGAUUUUCCUGAUUGUGAUGCAUAUUCAUGCUUUAAGGCAACUGAAGCUGCUGCCUCUAAUCUUCAAGAGGAACUUCGGCCUCCAGCCAUUAGACCUUUGAAGGUUCCCAUUCCACCACCAUGGGAUGGUGUCCAAAUUACUUUAAACAGAGGAUUCAUUAAAGAGGGAGAUCCUCAAGUUUGUACUGAACAUGACAGUGACAGUUUACUACCAAACUCAGAGUGUGCAGAUUGUAAUGUUAAAUUACGUGGUAAUUUGUUAGAUGGUUUUGUUGCAAGAACAUCUUGUAUGCUGACUGAUUUCUUAAAUGAAAUCCAAGGCAAUCAUUUACUUUUAUUUCCAAACAAAAUAGCGGACAGAAAUACAAGUAUCUUAAAGGUUGUGAAAAGUGGAGAUGUACCUGGGCAGAGCCAAAAUAGGAUUACCAAUAUUAUUUACAAUGGUAAACUAUGUCUCCUUAGAGUCACUCUUCAUGCUUAUUCCAGAGGUUGCUUUGAAGAGGGAGCAGUUGUUUGUGCUCCUUUUCUAACUGAUAUAUCAUCAUCAACGUCAAGGUCAGAGAACAUUGAGGGAGGGCUUCAAAUUCCCCAGUCUGCUGUUACGUCGUACUUCAAAGAGCAAUCUUCUGGUAAGUGGGAACUCCAGAUACCAGAGGACGACAAUGAUAAUAUAUCCCAUCGGUGGCCUAUAGGCUUUGUCACAACUGGAUUUGUUCGAGGGAGCAAGAAGCCAGUGGCAGAAGCAUUUUGUGAGGCAGUCCUGCUUGCGCAACUCAGACAGGUGCAAUGGAAUGAGAUGUCAGUGAAGAGAAGGCGGAAAGAGAUAUAUGUUCUCGUCAGGAAUCUAAGAUCAUCUGCAUAUAGACUUGCUCUUGCCACCAUAGUCCUGGAACAGCACGAAGAUGUAGAGUACCUCUGAGUCUUGACUUACUACCAUCCAGUCCCUUUUUGGUAAAUGUGGUAUGUAAUGGAGGAAUAAGAAGCAUGAUUUUUUCCUUUUUCUUUUUUUUUUUUUUUUCUUUUUUUAGAGUUUAUAGCUCGAUUCUUUUUUCUUCGGAUAGAAAUGCUAGGGGAUGAGAGAGAAUCAGGCAGGCGGUAGAAGGACAACAGUACUGUUGUUGUAUUUCAUGUAAUAAAUAAGUGAAAGCUCCCCCCCAAAAAAAAAAGAAAGUAUAGUUUUGAAA